CCGAGGAAGCGACUGAGGAAACUGAAAGGCUCACUGUGACUCCCCGAUGUACAGCCCCCGACUCUUUUACAUUUUUCUUUUGUAAAGUUUAUAGUUUUUUUUUGUUUUAUUUCUUCUGCGAAGAAACGCCACGUUUUUCUAUUUUCCGGAAAGAAAACAGUCUACCUCAAGCGUUACGGAUCUUUGUGUCGUGAAACGUUUACAUCCUUUGCUUUGCCGCAGGGCCUUGUUUUGUACUUUUGCACUUGUCGAGGUGACCAGCCGCCGAGCCAUGUGCCUGCUCGCCCUCAUCAGAUGAUCCGACUCCACACCUUAUUGAUGCACUUUAGCCGCCUCCUGCAGCUCUCCGCCCGCCGCGCCUCCUGCAGCUGAUGACCAAAUCGCCCGCCGUCGCCCCGAGCCUCGCGCCGCCACCGUCGCCGCCGCCUCCGCCGCCUCCCUCACCCCCGGCCUCCGUCUCGGCUCUGUAGCGCCCGAGCCCGCAGGAUGUUCCAGAGGUUCGCCAGCGCUCUGUUUGGGGACGACGCGGAGGAGCUGAGCCGAGGCGGCGGGCCCGGAGAGCGCAAGGAGGAAGAGGAGGAGGACGAAGACUGGAUCCUGGUGGACUACCUGGCUGAGGCGUGCUCCAGCGGCGACGGCUCCCCCGCUGUCGGCCCUGAGGAGGAGGAGGAGGAGGAGAAUGACCUGGUGAUGGUCCCCUCCCCGAUGGCCAGCCCCCCCGUCCGCUACGCCUCCUGCACCUCCCUCAACUCCACGGCCGACACCGACCCGGACGGCGGCCGCGAGGACGAGGAGGAGGAGGAGACGGAGGAUGAAGAGGAGGAGGAGGAGGAGGACGGCUUCCUGCGGCUGGACGCCUGCUCCCUGGAGGAGAGCUGGUUCGUCACGCCGCCGCCCUGCUUCACGGGGCGCGGCAGCCAGCCCGUCCUGCUGGAGACCAGCCCGCUGGAGAACCUGCUGAUCGAACACCCCAGCAUGUCCGUCUACGCCCACCACAGCCCGCCCCGGCUCGCCCUCGACCCCCUGCCCCGCUCCCUGGACCUGGACCUCGGCCUGCUGUCGAGCACCGCGGCCGCCGCCCCGGCACCGUCAGGCGGGAAGGAGAAGGGCCGGCGCUCACUGGACGCCCCACGCCACAGGCCGGAGGUGGCGUCGGUCCAGCGGCGGUCCAGCCUGCACGCUGCGUGCUACGCGGCGGCGCUGUCGGCCCGGGCCGGCCUCCUGCAGCAGCUGCAGCAGCAGGCGGGCGGCGGCGGCGGCGGGCGGCUCGCCCAGCGCGGCCAGCCUCUGUCCCGUAACGCCCUGCGACGCCUCAACCUCCUGCGCCACCCCAAGACCAGCACCCUGCACCUCCACCAGCCCAGCCACAGACACCUCAACUUCUGAGGCCCAGCGUCCCGUCACCGCCGCCACCAACAUCACCAUCACCAUCAUCAUCCUCCUCCUCAGCCCGCCGCCGCCGCCGCCAGCUCCACGGCGAGGCGUCAGCGCCACACGCCGGCCCGUUCUGAAAGCGUCCGGCUGCUGAAACAGGAAACUGGCUGCUGAUGUUUGUCUGAGUCCGUCGCUGUGGCCAGUGGAUGAAGGAGUUCAUCUCCUGCUCCUCUCAUCCCUUCUUUCACUCAUCCAUCCAUCCAUCCCUCAAGUUAUUCCUCCCUCUGAUGGACUGUGAUGUGUCCCGUCGCGUGGUGGAAGUGAUGUAACUGCGACGCCUUCUUCUCCUUCUCCUUCUCCUUCUUCUUCUUCUUCUUCUUCAUGGACACCAUAAUGUGUAGAAUCAAUGCUGUAGGUCACUUUACUCACUGGCAGAGUCUCAUCCAUUCAUGGUGCGUUGACGUAGCUAGACAUAGAGCGGUCACAGUGAUGUCACGGUGAUGUCAUCGCAGGGUCUGGGCGGAGCAGGGCGGGGCGGGGCGGGGCGCCGUCUGGACGCGGCGACGCAGCUGGCAGCUUUUUUUUUUUUUCGGCGGCGGCGUGACGGAAGCGGAGGCGUGGAGCCGGCAGACAGCAGGGAUCCCAGUUCAGCCGAACAUGUGCAAUAAAAGCUCGUCUGUGCAACACCCAGUUGCCGAGUAAUCAGAGCAAACAGUGUUGAGACAUCACCGCCGUGGGGGGGGGGGGGGGGUGGGGGGGGGGGGCGUGGCUCAGAAAGCUGCCAGCUGUGUCACCGCGAGUGGAGUGCAGUGAGAAACUUUAAAGGUGCACUACGUGAAAAAGGGUCAGUCCAGCUCCGGCGCUCAUCGCUGACAGGUUACACGCUCAAUCCACGUUCUUUGUCUUGUUGAAGUUUUGCGUAGUGCACCUUUAAUUUUGAAUUUAAAACAGUUCGCCUGGUUAAACGGUGGAACCGGCCGGCCGCCGUGGCAAAUGUUCAAAAAAAACGUUAAAAGGACAAAUCCCCCUCAGAUCCUCUGACGCCGGUGGAUCUCGGUGUUCGCUGCGUUCCUGGAGAUAUUUUGUUGUCGUUAAGCCUAAAUCCACUUCAGUUCAUCAUUUCCUACAUUUCCCAGAAUGCCCUGUGUGCCUGCUAAACAGCUCCAGAAAGAAGGGCUCGCUCAGAACACGACGUUUACCGCCGAUGCUUCCGAUAUCAAACGGGACGUGACGUCAGCUCGUCUGUGAUUGGACGGUUUGAAAAACAACACAGUGAAAGUGCAUGAGCGGUCGCAGUUUUAGGGGGAUUGUUCCUUUAACAGUAAAUUGUCAGACGGCUCCGCUCUGCUCCCGCCUCCUGCAGCCCUCCUUCCCUUCAGCUCUGGUUGAACUUGCCUUUGAUUUUGUAAUUCAGUACUUUUCACAAUAUUUUUUGAAAAAAAAAAAAAAAAAAAGAAAAAAGAAAAAGAUGGUAAAAAUUACUGGGUUAAAUAUCACUAAACGCCUUGUUUUAACGGUAGCUUUGAGAUGAAAAGAAAUGUAAAAUGUAUUUAAAACAAAAAAAACUUCCAAAAUAUUUUUUGAAAAGAAAAAAACAUUAUUACAUAUCAGUAUGAAGUUGGUAUAUAUGCGUCUACGGUAUCUUGCAUAGGUAUGUUUGGUUCUGUUAGUGUGCAGUUUGUUGCAUGGUUGUAGAGUUGUGUUAGUGUCCAGAUGGUGGAAAAAAAAGAAAAUGAAAAAGAUUUUUUUUUCUCUCUUUUUGUUAUUGUUAUUAUUAUAAUUAUAAUUAUUAUUAUUAUCUUUGUGUUUGUUCUUAAAAGAAAAAUCUGCAGUCCACUUCUCAGGGUCACAACCAAUCACCUUUACACUUUAGGAAAAUGCAGAUUUUGAUUUGACUUGAUGGCUGAUAAUUGUCUCUGCGCGCGCCGGGACUUUCCACCUGCGUCCCGGCGCGCUUUCCCUCCUUGAAAAUGUUUGUUAGUCAUCGACUUUUAGACGAAAAAAAAAGAGAAAAACGUCUCCUCGGUCGCGGGACUGUGAAAACAAACUGUUGGCGCCUUUUCGGUCGACUGUUGGGUUUCCGUCGAGGUGCAGACGGAGUAAAGCUGUUGGUCUUUUUCAGCGUUGUCUAUAUGUUUCGCUCAGUGUAAACCUAACAUGGUUGUAGAGUUGUACUUAAUGCCUUUUACCUUUUUCUAUUCUCCGAGUUAACUUAGUUACAUUUUGUUAAACUGUUCAAAUAUUUAAACCAAAAAGUAGCAACGAUCUUUAACCUUGCAGUAGUUUAUGAUACUGUUGUUUUUUAUUGUUUUAGGUUGCGUGUGUCGGCAGUGCUUGUCCUCGGGGCUCGGACACGCGGCGCGGGGAACGCCGAGCCCGGGCCAAAACACAGAGAUCUUAAAAAGUCGCCGCCCGAGUCUUAAAAUCUUGUUUUUCUCUCCACAAAUGGAAAACAAGAAGAGUUCAGCUCCACUUUCAUUUCCAGUUCACAUCAACUUGUUCUGAAAGGUUGUUUUUUUUAAUUCCCGGGAAACAAACGGAGAUCCGUCGCUUCACGUUUUGUUUCCUCGACUCCGGAAAAAUCUUGAAACCAGAGAAACGGAGUUGAAAAAUGAAGUUUUCAUCGGUUUCAGAAUCAGGACUUUGACUCACCGCGUCGCCCCUUUGUCAUCAAACACGACGCAAAAUAACAAAAGUAGAACAUUUGACUUUUAAAGUCACAAUGAAACUGCGCUUUGCUUCCUUAAGGUGACGUGUCACCUGUUGAGCCAGGUCGCGGGGGCGGGGCUUAACACAGAGAAGCGUGAACCAAUGGGAGAUCGGAUACGGAGAGGCGUGAUUGUUCAAAAAUGUGACGAUUUUAAAGGUUGAAUUUUUGGUUCACGCCUACGAGAACCUCAUAACGUCACCAAGAACUACUGAUGGGAUUUUGACGUGUAUUUAAAAACAAACAAACAAAAAAAAACUAAAUUUAGCAAAGUCAAUUGAGUUUCUUGGUAAUUCGGUGAAUAUUCUGGCAUGAAAAAGGAGCCAAUAAGUUGAGGAAGUUGUUUUGUCAUUUCAUUGUGAUUUUAAAGUCCAGGGAACAGAGCAGUAGUGUGGAAAGUGUAAAAGGUUUCAAAAAGCCAAAGAAAAGUAAGAUUUUAGGACUCGGUGUGAGUGACUUCCUGCAGUGUCGCUCGGUCCGAUCUGACCGACUUCUCCUCCUCCUCCUCCUCCUUCUUCUUCUGUGUUUCUGAUUCCCUUCUCUUCGCGUCCCGAGCUGAGCUGGCGGGACGCCGGCCGGCCGCUCGGGGCUCGGUAGCAUCGUAAAGCACUAACACGACCCGCCAGGCGUCGGCGCGCUUCGCUGUAAAUACUCGAUAGUGGAGUGACUCUCUCUGGUGUAUUUUUUCUGGUUUUUUAACGUUUCUGCUCUCAAGCCUCGCAGUCACCGUCGUUGUUUUUCUUGUGAAAAAGACAAACCGUACAGGCAGAAGGGAAUUUUUUUUGUUUGAGUUUCUGUUUCUGUCUCUCAGCUCUCCAUCAUGAAACUUACAACAGGGAUUUGUAUGUUUUUGUUCAAUGCCUUGAAAAUUUGUUUUGUCGUUGUGGAUCACGUGCCUUCCAGGUUGAAAUGUUGUAAAUGACAAUGCAUCGAUGAAGAACUUGAACUCUCUCUCUCUCCUGUCCGGAGCGGAUUCAAUAAUAAACACACACACACACACACACACAGACACACACACACACAGACAAGAAACCAACUAUGCACCACUGGAGGAAGCCUGUUCCCUCUGCGCCGCCCGCCCAGCCAUGUACAGCUUUUCUAAACUCAAAACGACAAAAAGAAAAAAUCAGAAUGAUGUAGCAAACCUGUUUUCUCUUGUUCUUUUAUUUUAUUCUUUUAUUUUUUUUGAAAGUGUGAAGAAUAUUUUGUGGCAUUUUUUUUGUUUUUUGUUUUCACCAAGUGUUAGACAUUUUGCUUUUGUGUAGUUUACUGGAAUAAUACAGCACUUUGCCAAAAAAAAAAUAAAAAAUAAAUAAGGUGUAGGAAUUUUUAGGGUUAACUUUUUAUUUAUCAACAUAACUGGUCUCCUUCUUUGUAUUUUGGAUGUAUGACAGAUCAAUUCAUUGUGUUCGGACGGUCAAAAAAAACAACAAAAAAACAAAAAAAAAACUUGCUAAUGAAACAGUGGGGUCAUCUGUUUUCAGACUGUAAUAGUUCAUACAUGUGAUCUCUUACUAGCCGACAAUAAAUGUUUUCAUACGCA